GAGGAGGAGGCCGUUGUUGUAAACCGUCGCGGAUACAUAACCCAACAACGGCCUCUCAGUUUGGCCUUCUCGAUUUAAUUAUUUAAAAAAAAACUGAAAAAAUAAGUUUUAUUUUUUCAUGGAAAAAAACUGGCCCUAAUAUUCGUUCUUCUUCGUCAAUACUUUCUGGAUUUUUUUCCCAUUUGUUUUUCUGUUAAAUCGGUUAGGUUCUUCGGUGGAUUCAUUCAUCACCGUCUUCUCUUCCUUCGUCGAUCUUCUUCUUCCCGGUCACGGAGGGGAGAGAUAGAGCGGAAUUUCGUGUGCGGAAUCGGAUCGUGUUUCGGCGUACCAAUGAUUUCUCGCUAUGCGUUGGCUUCAGCACAUCUCGUUCUCGUCGUCUCCGUCUUCUUCGCCUUCGUCUUCGUCCUCGUCUCUAAAACCGGCGUCGUCGUACUCUGAAUCUCCCGAUCGCGAUCGGGACCGUUAUCGUCGUCGCGGUCUCCGGUUUCACGGCCCGAAGCUCACGCGCCAGAAGAAGCUCCGGCACUUGACGGAUCUCGACGUCUGGAGAGGCCGGUCGUCUUCAUCUCCUUCGUCUGCGGCCGAGCCUGGGUUGACUCGCUCGCCCAGCACCCACGCGGUGAUCCCGCGGUCUUCCUCUGCCGUGCCGUUGCCAUUGCCUUUGCCGUUGCCGGAAGGCGAUGGAGAUGGAAGGAGGCAGACAUGGAGAAAUUUAGGGGACGGCAAAGGAGUGGAGGAUAAACUCAGAGAUGGAGAUAGGGAUAGGGUUAGGGAUAGAAAUAGAGCUGAUGCUGCUGUAGAUCGUUUGUCCUGCAGUCCUCCUUUGAGCAGUGUCAAUGCUUCUGUCCCUGACUGGAGGAAGACCACGGAAAAUUCGUACGCAGCAGUGAAUCAAGAUUCGAGUAGUAGCCGGAGAAAUGGGUAUUGGGUGAACAUUCCAACUAUGAGUGCCCCUACGAGUCCAUAUGCGAGCCCUAUCCUCAGUCCGCAUAGGAUGAGUUCUGGCGAUGUGUUACCAUUGUUUAACAUGGCCCCGAGAAGCAAUCAGGUCUGGUCAGCGCCAGAGAUGCCAUUUGAUGUCUCAGGGCUUCCUCCUCCAGCAUUUUAUGACCCAUUCAGUACCGACAACUCUCCAAUUCAUAGUCCCCAACCCAACAGUCCACGCCGACAGGCCAGAAGCCCUGGUGGGCCGUCCUCCCCAUUGCAUCCCAUGCUAUCCCCUGAGCAUUCAGCUACCCCGCGAGAUGGUAUCUCGUCACCAUUGCAUCCAAGACUGUCUGUUGAUGUUACAACUCCAAGGCGUGAGAAUUCCAAUGUUCACCCACUGCCUCUCCCUCCUGGAGCUGCUGGGUCCUCUUCAGCUUCUGCUCCCAUCUCCCAUGUUCCUCUCAAUCAGGACUCCAGCCCCAUGAAUUGUCAAUGGAUUAAGGGGAAGCUCAUAGGGCGUGGAACAUUUGGAAGUGUUUAUGUUGCCAGCAACAGAGAGACUGGAGCAUUGUGUGCAAUGAAGGAAGUUGAAAUAUUUCCGGAUGACCCAAAGUCUGCAGAGUGCAUAAAGCAAUUAGAGCAGGAAAUCAAACUGCUCAGUAACCUUCAGCAUCAAAACAUUGUGCAGUAUUAUGGUAGUGAAAUAGUGGAAGAUCGUUUCUUUAUCUACCUGGAAUAUGUUCACCCGGGUUCAAUUAACAAAUAUAUCCGUGACCAUUGUGGUGCCAUGACGGAAUCUGUUGUUCGGAACUUUACACGUCACAUUUUGUCUGGGCUGGCUUACUUGCACAGCAAAAAGACAGUCCACAGGGACAUCAAGGGUGCUAAUCUCCUGGUUGACGCUUCUGGUGUCGUUAAGCUUGCUGACUUUGGCAUGGCUAAACAUCUUACAGGGCAAAGAGCUGAUCUGUCUUUGAAGGGAAGCCCGUACUGGAUGGCACCAGAGCUAAUGCAAGCUGUGAUGCAAAAAGAUAAUAACUCGGAUCUGGCAUUUGCUAUUGACAUAUGGAGUUUAGGGUGUACAAUUAUAGAAAUGUUCACGGGGAAGCCUCCGUGGAGUGAGUACGAAGGGGCGGCAGCCAUGUUCAAGGUGAUGAAGGAUAGCCCACCGAUACCCGAAUCAAUGUCAGCUGAGGGGAAAGAUUUCCUAAGAUUUUGCUUUAGGAGAAACCCAGCUGAACGGCCGACUGCAGCUAAGUUGCUUGAACACCGGUUUCUAAAGAACUCUCAGUUGCCAACCUCACCCUCUCCACCUACCGACGUUUCCACUUGCUCCCAAUUGUUCAAUGGCAUGAAACUAACGGAACAUACCGGUAGGAAGGCAGACUUCAGGCUAGAUCAGGCUCCAGCUUUUCCCAGCUUCAGAAACAAGAAUAAAAAGGCCACAACACCCUCAGACAGUGAGAACGGACAACAACGGUAUCACAGCAAGGAGCCGCCGCCCAAUCUAACAGCAUCGACUACAUCACGUCUGUCUCCACGGUCCACGCUGGAGGCAAUUCCGAGCCCUUCUCCUCCGCGCUUGGUCCCCUCUGCAAGCACCGCCUCCUCUUCCGCCUUUCCCCACCGACCUAACAGAAGACGAAUGUGCAAGUCUUCUGAUAACGUGUAGGUCCUCUUCCUGUUUCUGCUGCUUCAUAUCCUUGGGGACUUUCCAGAAGCUGCUGCUGACACUGCUCUACGUAUAUACAUACACACACACGCAUGCACACAGAUAUGUUCGUAUCUUUGCAUAUAGCAGCAUGUGUGUGUGGAUGUGUGCUUUUGUUUUUGAAAACUUUUUUCUUUUUUUUUGGUGGGGCGGAAGUGUAAUCUCUUUAAUCCGAUGUUGAAUGAGCAGAAGCUUCUGUUUUUGGUUUACUCUGUUUUCUUUCUGAGGUUUGUGUGUAUAUAUAUUUUUAAAAUCCCACGAAGUUUGUGGUCAGCUUCUAAUGUACAUUUGGUUCAGGAUCUGUUACUGUUA